UGCCGGGCGGCCAGGCAGUCGGGCCGCUGUGGCCUCUGUCGCGAAGCUCAGCGGGGACCAGGCGCGAUGAGCUGAGACCCCAGCCGGCUGCAUGGACCCCGCGCGCCCCGGGGGCGGCCUCCUGCUGCUCCUCGCGCUGCUGCCUGGCGCCACGGCCGAGACCCCGCCAGACGCGCCCGGGCCAGGGGCUACCAGCGCAGACCCGCCCAUCCCGGCCAGCGUGGUGGCGCCAGGGACCACGCCGCUGGAGGAGACCCGGCUGCCGGUGUUCACGCUGGACUACCCGCACGUGCAGAUCCCCUUCGAGAUCACGCUGUGGAUCCUGCUGGCCUCGCUGGCCAAGAUUGGCUUCCAUCUCUAUCACAAGUUGCCCACCAUCGUGCCUGAGAGUUGUCUGCUCAUCAUGGUUGGACUCCUGCUGGGUGGGAUUAUCUUUGGCGUGGAUGAGAAGUCUCCACCGGCCAUGAAAACCGAUGUCUUUUUCCUCUACCUCUUGCCCCCCAUUGUGCUGGAUGCUGGCUACUUCAUGCCCACCCGCCCAUUCUUUGAGAACAUAGGCACUAUUUUCUGGUACGCCGUGGUGGGAACACUCUGGAAUUCCAUUGGUAUUGGGGUGUCUUUGUUUGGCAUCUGCCAGAUCGAAGCCUUUGGCCUCCAAGACAUCACCCUGCUCCAGAACCUGCUCUUUGGCAGCCUGAUCUCUGCCGUGGACCCUGUGGCUGUGCUGGCUGUCUUUGAGAACAUUCACGUCAAUGAGCAGCUUUACAUCCUGGUCUUUGGAGAGUCCCUGCUGAAUGAUGCAGUGACAGUGGUCCUGUACAACUUGUUCAAGUCCUUCUGCCAGAUGAAAACCAUCGAGACCAUUGACGUGUUUGCAGGGAUCGCUAAUUUCUUUGUUGUAGGAAUUGGUGGGGUGCUGAUCGGCAUCUUCCUGGGCUUCAUAGCAGCCUUUACCACGCGCUUCACACAUAAUAUUCGUGUGAUUGAGCCACUCUUUGUCUUCCUGUACAGCUAUUUGUCCUACAUAACAGCUGAGAUGUUUCACCUCUCUGGCAUCAUGGCAAUCACUGCUUGCGCAAUGACCAUGAACAAGUACGUGGAAGAAAACGUGUCCCAGAAGUCCUAUACCACCAUCAAGUACUUCAUGAAAAUGCUAAGCAGCGUCAGCGAGACCCUGAUCUUCAUCUUCAUGGGUGUGUCCACUGUGGGGAAGAACCACGAGUGGAACUGGGCCUUCGUCUGCUUCACGCUGGCCUUUUGCCUCAUCUGGCGAGCACUGGGUGUCUUCGUCCUGACUCAGGUCAUCAAUUGGUUCCGCACCAUCCCGCUGACCUUCAAGGACCAGUUCAUUAUUGCCUAUGGAGGCCUGCGUGGUGCCAUCUGCUUUUCGCUAGUCUUCCUGCUCCCUGCCGCUGUGUUCCCCCGGAAGAAGCUGUUCAUUACGGCUGCCAUUGUCGUUAUAUUUUUCACUGUCUUUAUCCUGGGAAUUACCAUCCGACCAUUGGUGGAGUUUCUUGAUGUUAAGAGAUCCAAUAAGAAGCAGCAAGCUGUCAGUGAAGAAAUCCACUGUCGGUUUUUUGAUCAUGUGAAGACUGGGAUUGAAGAUGUUUGUGGACAUUGGGGUCACAACUUCUGGAGAGACAAGUUUAAGAAAUUUGAUGACAAGUAUCUCCGGAAGCUUUUGAUUCGGGAAAACCAACCGAAGUCAAGCAUUGUGUCUUUGUAUAAAAAGCUUGAAAUCAAACACGCCAUUGAGAUGGCAGAGACUGGGAUGAUAAGUACUGUCCCUUCUUUUGCAUCCCUAAAUGAUUGCCGCGAAGAAAAAAUAAGGAAGCUUACCCCUGGUGAAAUGGAUGAAAUUCGAGAAAUAUUAUCAAGGAAUCUCUAUCAAAUCCGUCAGCGAACUUUGUCCUACAACAGACACAAUCUGACAGCCGACGUGAGUGAGAGGCAAGCCAAGGAGAUUCUGAUCCGCCGGCGGCACAGCUUGCGAGAGAGCAUCAGGAAGGACAACAGCCUGAACCGCGACCGCAGGGCUUCCACUUCAACUUCCAGAUAUUUAUCCUUACCUAAAAACACAAAGCUUCCAGAAAAACUACAAAAGAAAAAGAAUAUUUCUAAUGCAGAUGGCAACAGCAGUGACUCAGACCCUGACUUGGGGACCACCGUGCUCAAUCUGCAGCCCCGAGCCAGGCGCUUCCUGCCAGAGCAGUUCUCCAGAAGGCUGACCCAGCCCUAUAGGAUGGAAUGGAAGAAUGAGGUGAAUGUGGAUUCUGGCCAAGAGCAGCCUGGCAGCCCCCCGGUACCCAGCAGCAAGGAUGGGGGCACUAAGACCCCGGGCAUCCUUCGUCAGCCCCUUCUCUCCAAAGAGCAGCCAGGCCAGGGCAGGGAAGAUAGUUUGACUGAAGAUGCUGCACCCAGGCCACCACCCAGGCUGGCUCAGAGGGCAUCAGAGCCUGGGAACCAAAAAGCCCGAUUUGGGGCAAGUGAGAAGCCUUAACGGAAAUGGCCAAAGUAGAACUGGGGGACUGACCUAGCAAGGCUGUGGUUUGUCACUCCAGACACCAAAGCAACCCUGGAAUUUGUUUAAACACCUCUAUUGAAACCCUUUCUUUGGGUGGCAGGGUUAAGCCACCGAUUCAUGGGAUGAAUGUUUAUCCCAAGGAGAGGAAAAUCAAAGGAGAAACGUCCCACAAAAGUGUCUUUGUGACUUGUGGCUAACAAUUGUAUUCUUUUCAGGCCUAAAGAAAAAAAAAUGUGUGCCUUUAUCAAACUUGAAUGACAGAACUUGAAAUUUUUAACACACACUUGUUAGUGAAAAUGUUAAUAUAUUACAUAUAUGCCUCAAAUUUUAUUUAUGAAAAAAUGUGUAUAUUUCUAGCAGAUCAGUUUUUAAGUGAAUGGCACUAAAUUACCAAGGACAUCUUUCCCAGGGGUGAACAUUAGGUAGAUCCUAAGUUCAGUGUUGAGGUCUUUCUCUUUCCCAAGCUUAUGGGCCAGUUGGUGAAGGAGGAACAGAGCCCCAAAAAGGGGCAUCUCAGGACACAGCUGGAGCACAGGCAGGGUGAGUGGCAGACAAAGUGGCAGCUCUCUUGAUGUGGGCAACAGUCCCUGUCCUCCAAAUGAAUUAGUCGGUUCCUAAUUUGUUCCUUCUGUCUACCAUGUGCUCCCCUUCUUUUUAGGCAGUGGAAAGAGAAAGGCUGCCCAGCACAACUAUUAGAAAAGCCAUAGGCAUGAUGGUCUCUUGUGGCCCCUGGGAGUCUGGCAGCACCUGCCAGCCAUGGUUGGUGAGUUUAGCUCCUGAAAUGCAGGGAAGAGGGGGAGGUGACUCCUUUCAUGCCCAUCCAUGCCUACCCGCUCUAACAGAAUUUUUCUGUAGAGCAUUCUAGAACUUUUAAGUGCAGUUCAGCACCUCCAAGCAGAUGAGGAUAAAAGUUUAUGUGGACUGUAUUCUGUUGUAUAACACAUUGGCCAGAUUUUGGGUUUUGACUUUUGAUCAGGAAGCACUUUGGAGAAUGUGGGAGUCCUAUUUUUUUUUUUUUUUUUUGCACUAGUCUGUAAUUUGUUACCUCUUCACUUUCCAUAAUGUAGUGACUCAAAUUCUUCAUAUCAAAUUGGAUUCUACUCAUGGGAUUACUUUUUAGAACAUUGUGGAAAGAAGUGGAACAUAAUCAUUAAAGAUUAAUAUUUAAA